GAACUUGCCGUGAUCGCUCGUCGAGAGUGCGCAGAUUGCAUCAUGCAUGCUGAAUUCGCCCGUCUGAUCCUUUUCCGGUUGAUACGAUUGGAUGCGAUUGGUACGAGUUGGUCGUGUUAACAAAAUAAAGUAAAUAAAGCGAGUGCAUACGAAAGGAUGGUGAACGGUUUAAAAUUGGAGUGUUCCUUCUCCAAAUGGUAUCCGACGUUCGAAAAGAACUCCCUGGAAGCUACGAUUCUUCAAGUACCUGACGAUGUUUCAAAGUACUUGGAGCACGAUGAGUUCGUAUUGCCGGUCGAGGCGACGAAAUCCCUGCCAGAGAACGCGCAAUGGAUGGAUGGUGCACCGGUGACCGGUGAGAACGAGGAGACGGAGCAUCAACCGACGUUUCCUGAAUUCAGUCAAAAGAUACAGAACGUGCUAGACGAGUAUGGUGCUGUAUUUGUCAAGACCAACUGGAGUUCACCUGCGGAUGCUACGUGGGUUGCGCCAACAAAGACCCUCAAGUGUAAUACAUUGGAGGAGAUCUAUCUGUUGCUCAAAUCUUCUGACAGAACUGCACGGGACAUAAACGCAGUAAAGUCCUUGAGGGACCACAAGAAUCCUUUACCGUUUUGCCUGGUGUUGAAACAAUGGCAAGAUAUUAAUCCCUGCACAGAGUUUCGCUGCUUCGUCGUGGACAACGAGCUUAUCGCUAUAAGUCAAAGGGACAUAUCGCAGUACCAUAGUUCCAACGAGUCAGAAAAAUAUAAUAUACAGACAGACAUCAAGAGCUUAUUUUCGGAGCGCAUCAAAGGCAGAUUUCCGCUGCGCAGCUAUUCCUUCGACGUCGUGCGACGUAAGAAAGACAAGGUGAAAAUAAUCGAUUUCGGCCUGAUGGAUGAGUCUUCCGCGAAAUCGACGCUCUUCACGUACGAGGAAUUACAGAAUCAUAUCGACGACACGCCGGAAUUCCGUUUCAUCGGGGAGGAAAUCGGCAUUCAACCGAGGCCUCCCAUGCACUUUUGCGUUCCGCGGGAGAUCAGCGAGUUUUUCCAAUCCGGUGACAACGCCACGCUGCUGGACAUUAUUCAGCGGGAAGUGGAAAGUCAACGGAAGGAGGAUGAUGGAGCGACUGCUGACAAUUCGGAAAGUACUUGAUGUAUGUACAAUGAUAAUAAACAGUUUUCUUACAUAUGAACA